UCGGGCUUGUUCCCCAUAGCUGCUCGGUUCAACCACGCGUGCGAUCCCAUCAACAAUGUGGAAUACGAGUUUGAUCACGAUAACGGCGUUCUUACGAUGAUGGUGCGAGAAGAUGUUACUGCUGGAACAGAGCUCAAGAUUUCAUAUGGGAAGAAUCUGAGCCCGCAGGACUUGUACAUGUGCUAUGGGUUUAGGUGCAGCUGUGGGGGCUGUAGGGGGUUGAGUGAUAGGGAGGUGGCGAGCAUUACUAUGCAUUGGUGA